GAUCAUUCGGACUGGCGGUUCGAUAGGUGGCUCGUUUUAAUCCAGAACUCAUUUCUCGGCUACAAUCGCUCUGCCAUGUCUGUGGUGAUUGAAACAACCAUGGGGGACUUCACGGUCGAUCUCUUCGUUGAGGAGAGGCCGCGAACUUGUAUGAAUUUUCUGAAACUUUGUAAAUUGAAGUAUUACAAUCUACAACUUUUUUUCAAGGUGACACCGAACUUCGUUUGCCAAGCGGGAGACCCCACUCUGAGCGGAAGGGGCGGGAGCUCCAUGUUCAGUCAUCUUUAUGGAGAGCAAGCGCGGUAUUUCGAAGCGGAAAGCCAGCCCCGAUUGAAACAUCUGAAGCUGGGAACGCUAUCGAUGGUCAACAACGGUGAAGGGAUGUUGGGCUCUCAAUUUCUCAUAACUUUGAGCGACAACCUCGACUACUUAGAUGAGCAGGGACAUUGUGUCUUCGGAGAGGUUGUUGAAGGCAUGGAGUUCCUCGAGAGAAUCAACGAGGUCAUUUGUGACAAAGACGAGAGACCUAUGCAAGACAUCUUGAUUUCGCACACUGUGAUCCUGGACGAUCCUUUCGCAGAGCCUGAGAACUUGGAAUAUCCG